UUCUUUUUUUUUCAAUGACAACCAUUCAUUGUGGUCAAAAGUUUGCCAUUCACAAUGUAUUCAAAACUUUAUUUAUUACACGAUCGACGACAAUCAAACGAAAGAUAAGCACGGCGCCUCAAAAAUUACUUGACUACAACAAACUCCUCAAAUCCCAUGCAAAGACGUUUAAAAAGCAAGAUUCAGGGCAAAAGGAAGCAAUAAAGAUCUUGCAAGAAAUGAAGCUCCAUGGUAUUCAACCCAAUAGUCAGACGUGGUUUCAACUUGUGAUUGGCAUGUCCUUUCAACGUCAUCGUACACACGCACAGAACGAUCGAUUAGAAGCUUGGUUUAACAAUCUAGUGGCCUCCGAACCGAAAAUAGAAAAGUUCAAGAAAGUGUUGUUUCACUUGUCGUUUCAAGGUCACCCAAAUUUACUAGAGAUGUUUACAAAGAUGAAUAAUAAGGCAGAGUUGCAAGUGGAGGAUUGGCAUGCGGCUAUCAAGGGAUGUAUUAAAGCGAAAAAGAUGGAGGACGCCAACGUAUUGUUAGAGAUGCUUCGAAAGAACAAGAUGGCAACGAUCAGCAGUUAUCGAUUAUUGAUUGAAUCUUACUUGUAUUUGCAGGAUGGAGCAUCAGCUAGUCAAAUAUUUUCAUUUAUGCUGCAAGAUGAGAUCACAGCGAAUUAUGAGAUAUAUGAGCUAUUUAUCGAUCAUUACAUGUCAUUAGAGUAUGUGCCUGAUCAUGCGAAUACCUUGAUAAAGUUGUGGCAGGCUGUGCUCAUGACCAAAACAGAAACAAAUAUACCGCAAGAGAUGAUUCAAAAAUACCUAAGCUAUUUUGGUCAGCAUGGAGAAUUAGCCAAGGCAGAACAAGUUUAUUUGGAUGUCAAAGCUGGACGGUUAAGUCGAAGAUGUGUUGGAGAGUUGAAUAAAGUGAUUAUUGGAUUUUCAAAUAAGAGACAAUUACGUUCAGCAUUAUCAUUAUAUUACGAUUUACUUGGACAGGGAUAUAAACCAAGUCAAAAUGUCAUCAAUAAAAUAUCAGAAGCAUGUCUAGCGACGGGUGAUAAAGAGGCCAUUCAACAAUUAAUAGAUGUAACCAAUGCCUAUCACAAAAUAAAACUUUAAAUAGAUAUUUUAUCACAUCUGGUAUCCUAGUGACUGCCCUAUUGGGGGAUAGAUUAAAG